AGAAAGAAAGAAAGAAAGAAAGAAAGAAAGAAAGAAAGAAAGAAAGAAAGAAAGAGUAAGAAAGAAAGAAAGAAAGAAAGAAAGAAAGAAAGAAAGAAAGAAAGACUGCAGAAAGAAAGAAAGAAAGAAAGAAAGAAAGAAAGAAAGAAAGAAAGAAAG